AUGCCUCCCAAAAUGGGAGUAUUGAAACCUUUCCAAUUAUUGGAGGUAAACAUCAUCUCCGCACAAGAUUUGGAACCUAUAUCUAAGAAAAUGAAAACCUACGCGUCCGCGUGGGUCCACCCUACCCGAAAACUCACCACGGGGAUUGAUGCCGAAGGUGGUAACAACCCCACGUGGAAUGACAAGUUUGUUUUUCGGGUAGAUGAUGAAUUUUUACAUCAGGAUACUUCUGCUGUACAAAUUGACAUUUUUUCGGUACAUUGGUUCCGCGAUUCGCUGGUAGGGUCCGUUCGUGUCCUCGUCGGAAAUCUCAUUCCUCCUCCUACAAGGCUGCAACAUCAACAACACCACAUUGGUAUGCGUUUUGUUGCACUUCAGAUACGUCGUCCUUCAGGUCGUCCUCAGGGAAUAUUGAACAUUGGUGUGACAUUACUUGGUGGGACUAUGAGAAGCAUGCAAUUAUACAGACAAUUGAGUAUGUCAGCAGUUGGAUAUCGCGAUUUAAUGGACGAAGAUGCACAUCUUCCCAACUACGACCAAAAAAACACAGAUGCUCAGAAAGACGAUAACAACAACAAUGCCACCUCGUUAAAACCUAUACUACGUCGUACAAGGAGUGAACGUAGCGAACGUGUCACGUUCGAUAGUGCCUCGAUGGCAAAUAGUUCAUUAGUUGCAGCAGUUCCUCACAAAAAAAAUGUUGUGCCUGUUGAAAAAGAAAGUUCAAUACUUAGUAUUUCAUUUGAGCCACCAAAACAUAUGAUGAAGAAAAAAGGGAAAGCAAGUUCUGUUAUAAGUGGGGCAGAAUUAAGGGAAAAGCCCAAAACAAAUAAUAAAAAAGGUAAGUCUGGGUCAGUAUUAAGUGAUUCAAUUGUUAGUAAAGAGUCAUCUUGUCUUGUUAACAGGACCAAGCCCAAUGAUGAUAGGCCCAAGACCAAAGAUGAAAAGCCCAAACUCAAACUUAUAGAGUUAGAAUUUGGGGAUAAAGAAAAGCCCAUUAAUGAAAAGAAGGCUGGAACCGACUCACCGACAAAUAAGGUAGUUGAUGAAAAGUCCAUUACAAUAAAGCCCAAAGGUUUGGGCCUGGAUGUAAGCCCAAAAGAGAGACAGACAACAUUAAUUGGAAAGCCCAUGCCAAGAAAUAAUAAUGGUGGAUUUGAUUAUGGAGGCCCAAAAGGGCAUAAUGGGAAGUUUGUAUUUGGAGGCCCAUUAAAGGCCCAUUCAAUAUGGUCUGAUUCAGAAGUUGGGCCUUCACCCUCUGAAGUGGCUGCUGCUAUUGCUGAAAAGAAGUACCCUUUAGAAGAGGAAAAAAGCUCAGUUUUGGAUGGUUGGAGUUUAGAUGAAAGCGUCGAAGGCCUCCGAUCGAAGCUCGAGAGGUGGAGAACCGAGCUACCACCAUUGUACGACCGGGGAAUGGCGUCGAGUAGCUACCAUUCGACGGGCCGGCAUACGAGAAGGCACACUGAUGGUGGGAGUGGGCUUUUUUCUUGCUUUGGUAACUUUUAUGGUUAUGAAUGUCAAUGUAUUUGUGGAAAGCCCAAAAGGAAAAGUAUGAACCCAAAGUUUCAAAGCCCAUCAGUUGGAAGCAGGUCGUGGGUGUGA